CGGCCUUUGAGAUCCUAAAAUAUUAAAACCGCGGAAUAUAAAACUAAGAAGGAAACUGGGACGCCAGAAAGUUUUACACGUGUUUACUAUGGAUUUCCCUCACUCUCAGUUCCCUGGAUUGUACAACGAGGGCCCCUGUAUUAAUGACACAAACAAAGGUCCCUCAGCAUUAGGAUGGGGACAGCAUGCAAAGAUUCAGCCGACCAACAGAAGCUGCACCCAGGCGAGGCACAGCUUUAUUCCUUUAUACAGCAGACGAGGUGAACGAUGGAUCCCCUGUGAGCCUGCUCCUGUCCCUCUGUUUCCCCCUAAUACUGACUGCGGCUUCCCUGAAGUGACCGAGUCUGAUCUGGUUUAUGCUCAUCCGAUGAAGAGAACUAGAAGGUGCACCAACCCGAACAAGUCAAUGGUAACACUGGACUUCAGCAAGCAGAUGGGCGAUUUCUACUGGGGUCACAAUGACACAGGGUUCCAGUGUAUGGGACGCCUGCUGGAGCCGCACUGCUACAUGGGCGACAAAUUUCUGAGGCAUGUCUCAAUCAGCAAGAGGGAAAAAGAACAAGCAGCCUUUCCUACCAAAAAAAACUGUGAUGGACCACUUUGGUCCCUCGGAGGAAUAUCACAGUGUGACAUGGAACCCCCAGACUCCCCCAGGUCUGAUGCCUCAGAUCUUGCACUUGCGGCCAUACAAAAUAUACAGCAUGCCCAACCCGAGGUAGCUACUCCAUCUUUCAUUAUGGACUCUCUAAAAUCCCUGCUGGACAAGCACCAUGCCUCAUUCACAGCCCAAAUGGCAGCCUCCACAGCUGAACUCAAAAAAGAGAUCUCAUCCACUAAUGAAAGAAUAGAUUCUCUAGAGAGAAGGCAGGAGGACGCUGCUGUUGAGCAUUCCAACUUGCAAUCCUUCACGCAGCGCUUAGCAGAUUAUCUUGAAGUGGUAGACGACAAAAUAGCUGAUCUAGAAGAUAGAUCUCGGCGGAAUAACCUGAGGAUCCGAGGUAUCCCCGAGACAAUCUCCCCAGCUGACCUUCAACCAUACCUGAAAGAACUGUUUCAAGUGCUCGCCCCUCCCGCCACAGAAUUAGAAGCCUUAAUGGAUCGGGCACAUCGUGCACUUAAACCUAGAGGUCUCUCAGACGAUCAGCCUAGGGAUACAAUAGUACGGCUCCACUAUUUCACCUACAAGGAGAGAAUCCAGAGAGCGCACUUCCAGAAACCACCUCUCCCGGAAAAAUUCAAAAACCUGCAGAUCUUCCCUGACCUUUCAGUGAGAACUUUACAAAAAAGAAAGACCUACGCUGAAAUAACCUCCAUCCUACGGAGAAACGAAAUUAGGUACAGGUGGGGCUACCCCAUUAAGCUGUUAAUUUUCCGAAACAAUCAGUUAUUCACUGUCCAAACUUCAACCAAGGGAUACGAACUUCUAAAGAUGUGGAACCUAUACCCCCCCCAAAAAGAUAAAGAAAAACCACAAGCCAGGCAUUCCCAACUGAGUGCAUCAGCAGCAGAAUGGACAGACUCCAACAUUCCUGCUGGCCGACAGGGUGCUCCAGAGGCCUCCCGGCCAAAGGAUUUGUCAACUCCCUCUGCUCGUGGUCUUGGGCCACAGAAGCGACAUGACGCUCUAGAAUGGGAAUCGUUAGACCCCCAGAUUCUUAUUCAAAUUGAGGCCACCAAGGCGCAAAUCUCUGCCCUAGAACUAAAAAGGCACCAAAAUCAGGUCCGUUUGUUUAAACAGACUUUCUAUGCUAAGGGAAACAAAGCUGACAGGUUACUGGCUAACAAGCUCCGACAAAGGACUGCGGAGGCUCGUAUUCCAUACAUUAAAACAUCCCAAGGAACUGUCCGAUUACCUGCAGACAUAGGGAAGGCCUUUGCCUCUUACUAUUCCAAGCUGUAUAACUUAGUAGAUUCUCCAGCCCACCAGGUUCCAUCCACACAACAUAUUCAGAAUUUCCUGGACACUCUUUCCUUACCGACUCUCACAGUGGCCCAGAUAGAACUACUUGAAGCCCCAUUUAGUGCCAAAGAAGUCCUCUCCGUCAUCAAGUCUCUAAAACCGCAUAAAGCCCCAGGACCAGAUGGCUAUGGCGCUCUGUUUUACAAAACGUUUCACCUGCAGCUCGCCCCGCUUCUAACCAGAGUUUGUUCCCUAGCUAGGCAGUCAGGCACCCUACCGUCGGAAUUAUUACAGGCGAUCAUUGUGACCAUACCAAAACCGGGCAAGACCCCUAAUGUGUGCGAACACUUUCGGCCCAUAUCACUGAUUAACGCUGAUGUGAAGUUGAUGGCGAAGCUUAUGGCUUUCAGAUUGAAUCUUGUGUUACCAUCAUUGUUGGAUGGUGACCAGACUAUUGACAUUGUAUCCUCUACUUACUGCGGCUUCCCUGAAGUGACCGAGUCUGAUCUGGUUUAUGCUCAUCCGAUGAAGAGAACUAGAAGGUGCACCAACCCGAACAAGUCAAUGGUAACACUGGACUUCAGCAAGCAGAUGGGCGAUUUCUACUGGGGUCACAAUGACACAGCGUUCCAGUGUAUGGGACGCCUGCUGGAGCCGCACUGCUACAUGGGCGACAAAUUUCUGAGGGGACGGAAGAGAGAGAAUGUUCUGCGUAUGACAACACUGCUGCAUUCUUUACAACACGUCCCAUACAGAGAGUGUCCAUACUUAUGCACCUCUACUACCUUGCGCUGCUUUUCCUUCUUGGCUGGUGAUUGGCUCUCGGAUUUACCCCCAGUAGUUUUGGGGCAGCUGUUACAUAAGGGAAUAUCAGAGCAGUGGAGGCAACUGCAAUUCCAAGAAAGUCUUACAGGGGGCGCUCUUGCCUGGACAAAAUACACUGGUAGCCAGAGAGGCUGCUUGAUAUAUCCCAGAGGAGCUGCAAUGAACCGUCUUUAUUUUCAGCAGUUUGAUGUGGGACAAGAUGAAGAUCUGAGUAUAAGUCGGAGAGGAGACACUGCUGUGUUUGAUCUGAUAUCACGGGUACAACAAGUUAGCACAGGGUGUGCGUAUCCCUCCAAGGAAGUGUUUGUUGGCGUUCGGUCUUCCUUCCAUUUGGCCUCCCUGAGUCUUUCACCACAGAAUCCACCCAGAGUUCUUCAAGUUGUUAACACGAAAACCCCUAGCACCUGUAUCAACGUAAGCCCUCACCUGCCUGGGGAGCUAUGUGUGUGCACUGAGGGCGGCAGCCUCUACCUCUGGGACACUGAAAUGGGACUACAGCAGGUUCGUCAUGAAUCGGACACCCUCUUUUUCCGGGAUGACCAUCGCUGGAGAUGGAGUGACUUCACUGGUCACCCCCGAAUACUGACGUAUGCUGACAGGACAGGAGUACAGACCACAGACACCAGAGCUCCCGGCAGUCAGGGGCUCAAUUUGUUCCGUAUUGGAGCAGAGGCGUUGUGUCAAACAGGAGAGCGAGUUAUUCUGCCGCGCUAUGUGAGAGAAGGUGGCCAUGCGCAGCACCUGAUUGUAACCCAGUUCUCUGUGUUCAUCAUGGACGAACGAUUCCCAUUGGUUCCAGUUCUGAAGUGGGAUCACAUGUUGGACUAUCCGCCCGCGUAUGCACAAGUGCUCCCAGGAACAGCUGUUGAUAGGUCCAUGAAGAUCCUACUGGGUACUCAACACAGCCAGGAAACAGUGAUGAUACAGUAUACAGGGGGCAGUUCUUCACCAUGCCAGCUUCUGCUGCCAGCUCUGAAGCUCUCACAAGUAUCUGAAUGCCUUGCUCACCACCCUCCUUUGCUCCCACACAAGCAUGAUCUUGUGGAGCAGAGACUAAACUCUGUUGUAACAGGAUUGGCUGCUACAUACAGUGGGCGUCACCAGGACUCUAUGGUUGUUUUCCACUUGACGGAGGCCGGUGAUGUUUUCUAUCAAAGGCUGGUGCACCAGGAGAAAGAGGAGACGGCUAAACAAAGGGCCCAGGGAGGGCAGCAAAAUGUCACCAUCCUCUCAGCACCAGCCUCCAGGACAGAGAUGAACUUACAAGAACACAAUAGCUCAACGUCCCCCAAUCUGGUACCCAAAUCCACCCCCUGUGCCCAGGAACCAGCUGCUGAGAAUGAGGAGAGGAUCCCAAGUGCCACUUUCCCCACUCACGAAGAAGAGACUUGUGAGCCAGACCUCGGCUGUCACCAUCCACCUCAUCUUCAGUCUCUGUCUCUCAGCACCAAAUCAUUGAAUUCCCUUAGCAGGUGGUUACAAGAACUAACUGUCAGCAUGAAGGAAGUUUACACGCAACGUCCUCGUGUCCGAAUUGAUAAAUUCUUCAGUGCUUCAGAGUUGAGAGAAGUAGCCCCAGAUUCAUCUUCGUUACUGGGGUGCCUGCGGCAUAGUAUGAGACACAGGAAACUUGUGCGGAUGAGGCCACCUGUGAGUUCAGUACAUCUGGAGCCAGUGCAUCCUAAAUACUUUAAAGACCCACUAAGCCAGCGACUGACCACUGCCUGGGAGGGAGGGUUGCACCUAUGGUGGGAGGACUAUCUAGGUCUGAACAAGAGCAGCAAAAUCCAGGCUUUGAAAGAAAAACGUCGGUGGCAGAAGAUACAACGAGCGCGACAUCGCAGAAGUCUGUCCGGUAGCUUCGGAUCCUCCCAGAGUCUGUGCUCAGAACCUUAUAGCCUGGAAGAUGCUCCACUGUCAGACAAUAGCACCAUCCAAUAUGAUUUCCCCAGCUCCAGAGCCCCAAGCACAUUCACCUCAUCUGUAGAACAGGAAUCUGUAGGGAGCAGCACACGAGCGCCAAGUGGAUCAGUUCUGGCUACACACAAAAGGUUUAGCAUCCAGGACAGAGUUGGUGAGAGCGCCUCCCAGCUAAAAACCCUUAAAACAAAUAUUCAGGAUUCGUCCCAAAGCUCUGCCAUAUUUUCCUCUCAAUCUCUGCGCUCCAAAGGGAUUCCCAGAGAGAGGAGGAAGACCGUGCUAGAUUUCCUCUCCUUCCUGGGAGACACACCUGAACCCCCUUUCUCUGCUUCCUUAAUCCCCAGCCAGAACUCCCAGACACAGGUUACAUCCUCGCAGAGCUCACAGGUCCCACGCAAGAGGUCACGAAUGGGAUUUUGAUAAGCUAAAGUACAGAUAUAACAGUUCUAAAAUU